ACCAUCCAUCACUCCAUUCGUCUGCGAUCACCAACCAAAACACUAUCAUUUCUGGAUGGACACGAUGGAAGCUCCUUUCCUCCAGCUUUGACUGCUCCUAUGUUUGGCCUCUAUCUGUCACUGAGCUCGUGAGUGUCUGUCAGCAUCAAUCUCUCUCACACUGAUCCAAAUUGACUCGAUUAGCUGGCUAGUUUGGUUGCUGUCAUGUUUUUCCUCAUGUCGUGUCGCUCUCCAAACCCACAUGAAACCAUCUCUACGGGAGGAGAUGACUUCACUCUCAAGGAAGACUUGGAUGAAUCACGACUUCAAGGGUAUUAUGUAACUCUCUACUCACCUGUGUUUAGAUUGACCAUCUGCCCCUCUACUUCCAUCUUCACUCUGCAACAUUCUCACGGACAUUUUACUGCAGAAGAGACCUUCAUCUGUUUUGGUCCAAUCUGGUGACUAAAGAUGAAUCUCCAGCUCUGGGUGUGAGGAAGAAUUGUAUGUGAUAUGAGGAAGACGUGGGGGGAGGAAACAACACCGAGAUGUGCAAACAAGUGACUAAUACUGGAUUGGCUGUGAAUUAACAGCCUUAUGUACUUAAUUAAUUUCCUAUUUUCUUCCUGUUUAGACAGGUGCAUCAGCAAAUCAUACUUCCCAUGUGUGGGAGAACAGAGGUAGAGCUGGGAUUGCGUCUCUGUAGACACCUCCGCAGAUUCAGCGUGAAGCAGGGAGAGAGAAACACAGACGUGCAGACAGAAUGAAUAGAAAGAGGAGGACAGAGGGAGCGAGAGAGAAGAGUGAAAGAGAGACGGAAGAUAUAUUUGACUAUGUGGGUGUGUGAAGUAUCAAGGCAUGCAUCAUAAUUGUGGAUUCUUCUCGGAGCAGCCGGACGUUAUUGGUCUCACAAAGUGUGCUAUUGUGUACUUAAAAACAGUGGGAGCUGUGAGCCACACAAGAGACAAUAUGGAAACCGUUUUGUUUCUGCUGCCUCAAGGAUUUCAUUAACCGGGAUUAUAAAUAUAUAUAUAUAUAUACACUUGGACUAUAGUUGAAAGGGUGCAGACUGGAAAAUGAUGAUGCCCCUCCACUGUCAAUAAUCAAGAUUUCAAGACAAGAAUUUAUCUGAGAUGGCCGUCAGCCCUAUCGUCAUCAUCUGCCUCCUGUCACUGAUUGGCUAUGGCUCAUCCCACCCCUCUCCUCCUCCACGGGGGUGCAGCGUGGAUGUGGACCCUCCGUAUAGGGUGCUGUGUGACCUGGAGUCAGCCUGGGGUGUGGUUCUGGAGGCCGUGGCCUGCAGCGGUGGCCUGGCCUCUCUGGUCCUCGCUGUGCUCCUGUUAGUCAAGCUCCGCUUCAUUUCUGACCCCGCCAGGCGCUCCGGCAUGGGGCCUCUUCUCCUGCUCCUGGGCACGCUCCUCGGGCUCUUCUCCAUCUCUCUGGCUUUCUUGGUGGGGAAGAACCAGGCGCUCUGUGUGGUCCGCAGGGCCUUCUGGGGGCCCCUCUUUGCUCUCUGCUUCUCCAGCUUGCUAGUGCAGGGUGUGAGGCUCAGGAGGCUGGUGGCCGGCGAGACGAGCCCUUCGGGCAGCUCCUUGGCUGCGCUAGGCCUGGCCUUGGCCUUGGUUCAGGGGAUCAUCUCUGCCGAAUGGGUCUUGCUGACUGUAGUUAGGGAGGGUCACCCGGCCUGCGAAUAUCCGCCUUUAGACUUUGCUCUGACAUGCAGCUACACCCUGGGGCUGCUCCUCAUAGCCAUGGGGCUUUCUUUGGGGGUGGUACUGUGUGGAGGAGAGAUGGGGGCAGAAGGAGGAGGUGUGAGUGAAGAAGAUAGAGAAGGAGAGAAUGAAAAACGGAGAUGGAAGUGUAACGCCGUCUGGCUCUUCCUGUCCAGUCUGGCAUCAGCAUUGCUGUGGGUGGCUUGGCUGGGGUUUUAUCUUUAUGGCAGCCAGGCGCUGAGGGGGAAGGGGAAAGGGGAGAGGUUGGGAGGAGGAGGAAAGAAGGAUGUAAAGGUGUUGGAUGAGCCGGCGCUGGCGGUGGCCCUGGUCAUUCAGGGCUGGAUCCUGCUGCUGUUCCACGCUAUUCCAGAGGCGCACCUCUGUCUCCGAAACCCUCCACCGUCCAACACGCAAGACUUCUUCGACACCAGUCACACGUCCCCUCCCCCACAUUUUGGAGAUGAGCUCCCGGUACACUCGCACCGACCCUUCCCUGAAAACCAGGCUUUUUCUAUGGAGGAGCACGGCGCAACUCUCCGAAGUGGAACAUACCACAGCAGCCAAGGGAGCAUGCGUCCUGGCGUCGCCUUCAGAGGUCACGUCUACCAGCCCACUGAGAUGGCUCUGGUCAUGAAUGGUGGAACAAUGCCCACAGCCCCAGUUAACUACACCGGACGACGGUUAUGGUAAGACGGGACCAAGCUGGAUACACGGGUGUGUGAUUGUGGAAUUUCCUGUUGCCUAAGAAGAAGAAGGAGAUAUUAAGAAUCACAUAUCACACAGGAUGGAUUUGAUGGGAGUUAAAAAAAUGUUUAAUGUAUUUGCGCACACAUGUAUUUUACAUUUUAAGAGCCUUUUAAUAGUAUUUUUGCUGAAGUUUUCUGUGUUGCCUCUUUAUCGGCAGACUGGACACAAGAGAGGGAAGAGAAAGUGACGGAGCUUCCACAGUUUUGAUAGUCUUAAUUGUAAUAUGUAAAUAAAUGUACACUGACAAGUAUAAGGAGCUAAUGUUACUAUAUAUAAGGUGAAAAUCUAAGACCAGUGUUCAACGUGGCUUUGACCUGGAGAAAGGUUCACUGAUGAUCUGAAUGUAGUGAAUUAAACAUGUUGUGUGAGCAGCUCUAAACGAGUGCUGUUACUUACUGAUCAGUGAUGUUUUCUUCGUAAAAACGACGCUGUCCUUUCCUUUCUAUCUUGCGUCGAGCUACGACUAAAAUAAAACAACCUUUAGGUUGUUUAUGUAAAUUGCCUGCAUUCGCCAACAAAGCUUGCUUGGCCUCUGUAUUACUCUGUGCUGGAAAGACCCAAAGGCCUCAGUGCGUUAUUAUCCAUGUCUCAAUUCUAUCAUCAGUGCUAUUUGGCACAUUGUGCCCUGUGUAUUGAUAUUUGUCAUGCAUUUAACAAAGCUUGUGCAGAAUUCUGGGGGGUCACCUGGUGAUUUAAAAUGCAUUAGGUAAAUAGUUUUUAAUAAGUGUAUCAUAAAAAGCCAUUUAAUACUGAAAUGCCUAUUCUGCAGUAAGGUUUACUGUUGGAGGUUGUGAUUUUGCACUUUAUCUUUGGAUGGAUUUGGGAUGUAUGAUCAUUUCAGAUGCAUGUAAGUGCAGUUUAAAGGUAAUGUUUUUUGUCAGAAUGACUUCUAUUUUCAGUGUUUUCUAGACUUUUUAUAUAAAUAUGGAAGAGAAAUAGUAGUUUUAGUAUUGAGUUCAUUCUUGAAAUUGGAGACAACAGAUAACAAAACCAUCUGAAGUGCUCAGAAAAUUUGAAACAUCUACAACUCCAUGACAACUGGGCAAAAUCUGCAGAGGAAGAUCAUGUUGUAUGAUUGAAAGCUCUGGAACAGCUACUAAAGUUCAACUGUUUUGCUGGCUACUGAUCAUACUUGUAUGGCAACAUCUCAUUAUAUUCUGGCAUUUAGGAUGCCUUUAAAUUUCAACUUCCAUCAAAUAUAGAGAGAACAUUUCGUCAUCCAUCACUGUGAAUUUAACUGGAACAGAUUCAAAUGCAUGUGAACUGUUUUUAUUUGUGACACAGCAAAGUUUGGCUCCAAGAUGAGACACUUUUCUAGUCGGCAGCUGCUGUUCAAAUGCACCGGCAAAAUGAACUCUGAGGCAACUUCAUACUUGACUUGAGGGUUUUUUUUUAUUUCCUGACCAACUCUGAAUUCAUUCGAGGACAUUUAAUCCAGUCAAAAUACACUUCAGAGAGCAGUCACCAUGUAACUGUUGUGACCAUUUUCUUCUUGCUAUAAGACUUAACUAAAUAAUUUGCUUCUGUAUACAAGUGUGCGCUCAGAUAAUGUACAAUGAAAAUAUUAUGAUCACAAGAUUUUUAUGUAUUAACCCUAUAUAACUGAAUUUUAAUCAUGUAAAUAUUCCAAAUGUAAAAAUGGUAUUUUCCUUUUGAGAUGCUCUUAUGAUGCACUGUUUGUGCACUGUUGUCUGUUUCGGGCAGCGUAACAUGAAUGUCUGUAAUGUGAUUCGCACAAAGUGGCUAAUACAUCAGUGCAUAUUUUCUGAU